UUUAAGUCGUUAAUUUAAAUUCAUUGGUUAUAACACGUGUUAGUGAAACUAUUUAUUAAGUUAUUGUUAAUUUUUAUACAAAUUUUUAAUAACGAAAAAUGCCACGAAAAUCAAUUAAUGAAAUGGUUGCAAAGUAUGAUGACAAGACUCAAGGUUUUAUCGAAACAGUAUCGCUUUAUUCACCACUUCGUAGAAGUUCAAGAAUUAAACAAAACCUUAAAAAAAAUAAUUCUUCACCUGAAUUAUCUCUAAAUGAUGUUAGUAAUACACAAAUUUCAAGACAACAAAUAACUACUAUUGAUAAUACUAUUUCCAUUGAAAAUCAAAGAAACUUACGUUCUAGAACAAAUACUAUAUCAUCAGAUAUUAGUACACCAAUAAAGAAAACUAGAAAUAAUUCUUCUAAUAAUAAUAAAAUGACAGAUAAUCGAAGAAGUAAACAUUUUGUAAGAGUUGAAUCAAAAACAAAUUCACCAUCAGUAAGAAACGCACAUAAUAUAAGAGCUAGUUCUGUGGAACCUGAAACUACAUCUGAUAAACUAACAGAAAAACAAAACAAUGAAUUAAUAAAAACAUCUAUUAAAACAAAAAGACAAUCUUUAUUAAUACCUUCAGAAAUAACUGUUACAGAAGAAAAAGAAGAAUCAAUGAAACUUUCUAGAUUAACUUUAAAUCGUACAUUAUCUGAUAUUAAUGAAAAUAUACAAUCAGAUUCAAAAAAUUCUUUUAAACCUAUACAAAAAAAUGAACUGCCAUUUCCAAUAAAUAAAUGUGAUAGCAGUAUAUAUGAAGAGCAUUUAAAUAACAUUGAUACUCCUGCUGAUUUUAUUGAAGAAGUAGUUGACAAAAAAAAGCAGCCAGAGAAAGAAUUUAUGCAAAAUGAAUUUAAUGAUUCAAUAAUGUUAAUAAAACAAUGUACAAACGAAUUAAAAUCAGAAAAAAAAUAUCCAGAUAAUAAAAUAAUAACUAAAGAAUAUCAAAAAAAAUUUGAAGUUGAUGAUGAUUCUAAUACAAAUUUAGCAAAUUUAUUUCAAGAUGUUUCAGCUAUUGAAUGGAAAGAGAAAAAUAAUGAAACUGAUAAAAAUUCUUUAAAUUUGUCAAAUGAAAAUAUAAAAAAUGAAAAGGAAAGUGAAUGUGAUCUUGUUUUAGUUGAUAAAGAGGCAUGGUUAUCUGCAGAAAAAUUGAAAAAAAAUAAAAAAAAAACAUUUGAUUAUGAUUCAGAUGAUACUAUUGUAUUAAAAGUACAAAGAGAUUCCAUGAAAGCAGAAAAUGAUACAGAUAUAUUGAUGGAUAUGUCAGAAGAUAAAUGUAAAUUAAAUAAUAGUAAAAAUAAAUAUUCUACUAGUAAUAAACAACAAAAUGUGAAAGAUAAAAAUAAAGAAAAAAAAGAAGUAAAAAGUGAUAUAGAAAAUGUAGAAGAAGAUGUAAAAUUACAAAGUAUAGGAAUAUCAGAUAGAAAAUUAUUGAGAGAUAAAACAAGAAAAAAAUCGAAAAAAAAUUAUUCAACAACAGCUAAUAUUUUAUCCGACUCUGAAAAAAGUAACGAUAUUUCUGAUUCAGAUGACACACAAAAAAAAUUCAUGAACAUACCUAAAUUUUUAUUUGCAGAAACCAGCGAUAGUGAGAACAAUGAUAGUGAAUCUAAUAAUAGUAUAGAUUCUGAUAUUCAAAAGGAAUAUAAUUUUCACGGUAAAAACAUUCCGAAUUUUUCCGAUGAUGAUAUACGAGGAGAUGAAUGUAGAGCAUCAGAAAUAGAAUCAUCAGAUCCAGAUGAUAAUGGAUCAGAUAUGGCAGACUUUAUAGUUGAUGAUGAUGAAGUUGAAGAAGAAGAAGAAAGUGAAAGUGAAGAAGAGGAAAAUGAAGAAAUUAAAAUUGAAGAAAAGGAAGAUGAAGAAAGUGAAAGUGAAGAGAAAGAAGAUCAAGAAAUUGAAUUUGAAGAAAAAGAAGACGAAGAAAGUGAAGAGAAAGAAAAUGAAGAAAUUGAAAUUGAAGAAAAGCAAGACAAAGAAAAAGAAGAGGAGAAAGAUGAAGAAAUUGAAAAUAAUGUUGAGCUAGAUAUUGAAGAGAAUGUUAAAAAAAGUAAGAAAAAUAGCAAGGAUAAAAAGCGAGAUCAAAAUAUUGAAAAAUCAUUAAAUGGAUCUCAAAUAAUAUUUAAUAAAAAAAUAAAAGAUCUUGAUGUCAAAAUGGAUAAUUCAAAUAUAAAAGAAAACGUCAAUGAAUCAAUGGUAUAUAGUACUCCUAAAAUUAAUUUAUCUAACAAAGACAAAUUUAAUAUUAAAACUUAUGAUGUUCAGAAAAAUUUGUCUCUUGACGAGGAAAAAAGUAAAGAUAUAACGCUAAAGAAAAAAUUAAAAAAAUUAAAAAGCGAUGAAAGUCUUGCACAUAGAAGUCUUCCAUCUGAAUUAAUUGAAUUUGUAGCAGAAACAAAUCUGUCAAGGCCAAUGUCAUCUAAAGUAUUAGGAUUAAACAAAACAACAUUAGUUUUGGGAAGCGACACACCUACAACAAGAUAUUUGAAGAAAGAUAAAUUAAAUGAAAGUGCACCAAUACUGAAAUCAGAUAUUAUGUUCAAAGAAUUAACAAAUACUAUUAAUAGUAGUAAGAAAAACGAUCAAAUUGAAAAAGAAAAUGAAAACGACAAUGAAAAAAAUAAAAUAUCUAAAGAAGUAGAUGAUUCUUUAGAAAAAGAAUCAUUUGGUAUUGUGGAUAAUAUAUUAGAAAAUGAUCUUCAAAAAAUGCAAAAAAAACGAAAGCAAUCAACAGUAAAGGAAAUAACUGAUCCUAUAUUUGAAAACGAUUCUCAAUUGAAUAAACAUAAUACAGAAAUAGUAAAGAAAACUGAACAUUUUGUUCCUUUUAUUAAUAAUGAUGAUAAUGAAACAAAAGAAGUAGAUAAGACAAAAAAAAAGAAAAAGAAAACACAUGAUAUUAAUAUAAAAAAAAAUAUAUUCGAUAUUGAAACAAAAUCUGAAGAUCUUAAUGAAAAAAUAAAUAAAUCGAAAAAUCUUGAUGAAGGAAUACAUAAUGAAAUAAAUAAAAAAAAGAAAAAAAAAAAUAUACUUGAAAACAUUUCAGAUUCAUUAAAUAUAAAUAAAGAAAAUAAUAUAACAAAGAAAGAAGAGCAAGUGUCAGACAUUUUACCGAAGAAUAAUAUUUUAAAUGUGCAAUUAUCUAAGAAUAAGAAUAAAAAAAAAAAAACACAUGAUACUGAUGUACAAAUAAAAGAACAAAUAUUUAAAGAUAUUGUUGAAAUAAAAUCAAAAAAUCUUGAUAAAGAAAUAAGAAAAAAGAAAAAAAAAAUUAGAAUAGAAAAUAUUUCUAAUCAUAAUUUAUCAAAUAUAGAUAAAGACAUUAAUAUAGUAAAUGAAAAGGAGGAAUAUAUUCUAUCAAAUAAUAAUAUUUCAAAUGAAUUGUUAUCUGAAGAAAAGAAAAGAAAACAAAAGAAGUUAUUAAAAGAAGUUGCUUUACAAGACAAAGAAGAAUUAUUUGAAAAAAUACCACAAAAAAAACAAAAAUUAUUAUUAAAAAAUACUUCAAUGUCUAAUACAAUACAAAAACGAAAGCAAUCAGAAACUUAUGAAUCCAAACCUAGUAAAAAAAGAAAGAUAUUUGUAGAACAGGAUUUUAGUUUACCAAGUAAUUCUGGAAGUACUACUGAUUUUGAUGUCAUUGAUAUACAAAAAAUUAGAAACAAAAAAAAUAUUUCAUUUCGAGAUAGAAUGCUUGCUAGAAAUUCAAGACAAUCUGUGUCUAUUUACAUGAAAUAUUUAAAAAAACAGAAAAUGAAAUCUUCUGUUAAUAAUUUUAUGUUUCAUUAAAUUUAUUAUAUCAUUCUUUAGCUGUAGUAAUGAUAUAAUUAAAAAU